AAUGCAAGAGAGCAAAGAAUUCUCGUAAAAUUGGCUUAGAGUUGAUCCUUUUGACAAUCCAAUUUUGAAAGAUGCUCCAUAACAUUAACCAGAAAAGUUUAGUUAAUAUGUUGAAUUAAAGGAUGAUGAUGAUAAAGUUAUAGGAUUUCUAAUGAAUUAAUAAUAAUAUUUUUUUGAUUCUGAAGGAGGGUAAGAGAUGUAUAAUUAUAAUUUAAAGAUGGAGAGAUGAGAAUGGGUGUCAUUAUGAUAAAGAUGGGUAACCAGCUGGAUGGUUUGUUUUGCACCCUGGUGAUGUCUAUCAUGAACAUUUCUAUGAUCAAGAUGGCUAUUAUAUUCCAACAGAUAUAGAGAAUGAAAAGAACUCUAGUGAUGAUUAAGAUAUCGAAGAAGCUUUAAAUUAAUAAGAAGAUGAUGAUAUGAAAGAAUAUGAGGCACCAUGAAAA